AUGGGAGGAAGAGACGGAAUGAGAGCGGCUGACAACCCUCAUCUCUUCCUACUCUUUGUCUCUCGUUUACUGGACAAGAUGGCUGUAUUCAAGUCUCUAGUCGUUACAUUCGUUGCUUUGACCGCCAUUGGCGCCAAUGCUGGUCCUUGUAUACCCAAGGCCUCUCUGACUUCGAGUUCAACCUUGACGGCUACUUCAUCUGAGUCGUCUUUCAGCUCUUCGGAGACGUUGGUCGCAUCAUCUACUGAGACUUUUGCUGGGACUACAACGUCUUUGACAGACACAUCAAGCUUGACUCUUGAUGCUUCCUCUUCCGAGACUUCUUUGGCUUCGUCAGAGAGUUUGGUCUCAUCGUCUACGGAGACCUUUACCGAGACUUCUACUGGCAUUACAACGGCUUCAACGGAUGUGUCAAGCUCGACAUUUGUGACUUUGACCAGCACGGGAACCACAGAUUCGUUGACAAGUGCCACCUCUACAGCCGAGUCUUCAACUGUUGAGUCUUCAAGCACAGAAAUUUCAACCACAACCACCUCGAGAGAACCCAUCCGCACUGAAGAGUGCGCAGUCCUCGGCGGUGCCGGCCACGAUCUUUCCCCAGACAAGCUUGCGGAAGUCAAGAUCCAGGCGUACGACGACAAGACGCUCGACGAGUGUCUCGCCAUCUGCGAGUCCCAGAGCGACUGCGCGACCCUUGCGUAUAACCCGACACGCAACAAGUGCGAGACGUGGAAGGGCACGCUGGAGCAGAUUGGCGUCGAUAAUACCCCCGGGGCUGAGUGGUACUACUAUUCGACGUCAUGCCUUGCCAACGAUAGAAAGGAUACUUGCGCAAGGCCAGGCUGGGGUCUUGACGGCGACGCAAACACUUCAGGAACAAAGAUUGGCAAAUUUUCCGGUUUCGACAACUAUGCGGGCUGCUACGCGUUCUGCAAGGAGACCGAGGGGUGCGCCAUGUUUGCGUUCAACCCCGUCGAGCAGCUGUGCGAGCUAUGGUCCGGCUCCUUUGAGCAGGCCAAGUUCAGACCCGUGUUUAGAGCUUCGUGGACGUUUUAUAGACUGGAUUGUCUUGAGCCUCAGGGUGGUGAGGGCGGUGCGAACUGA